GUGGUUAGCGAGUUCCCUUCUUAAACACUAACGUUAUUAUUUCAACAUCUCUCCACCCCCAAACCACCUCUCAUACUGCUUAAGGCGAAAAGAAGGAACGAAAGAGAAAGAGGCUUUAGUCGUAAGAUAAUCAUGAUGGCACAGAGACUUUUUCACUGUGUGUCUCAGCAGGCUUGGUGAUCGGUUUAAACUGGGACGCGGAGUUGAUGCUACAGCCAUUGCGGGUGAGAUGGUGAGAGGGGGGAGGGAGUGAGGUCAUGGGCUGCACCUCGGCUAAGCAGGUGUCGGCUGUGCCCAACGACGAAGAGGGCCGGGGCAAAGCCUACAGCAACGGAGACCUCUCUGAUGAAUAUAAGAUGAAGGGAGUGGAGGAAGUGAAGUACAUGCGUGGAGAAGAAGACAGAGUAAACGCACGCAACCAGGAGAACUUGGAGAAGAGCUCGACGCAGCACAGGACCAAACAGCACAAAGAGGUGCCUGGGCCCAGUGCCAACAAGACGAACAUACAUACGUCAGAGAGUCAGCAGGAGUUCUUCAGAAUGCUGGAUGAGAAGAUUGAGAAGGGGCGGGACUACUGCUCAGAGGAGGAGGAUGUGACAUAGCAGAGAGGCGCCAGAUCUUGCCAGAGAUGGAAAUAGAGUGUGAACUCAAAAAAAUCAGUGUUUCCUAUGUCUGUAACACUCUGUUGAUCUGAGAGCGAAUGUGCGUGCGAGUGUGUGAGAGCGUGUGCUUGUGAGAGCGAGAGAAUGCAGGACUUUUCCUCAUAAGCUGUUGCAUCCUUGACCCUUUCUCCUCUCUUGGGGUUGCCUUGCUUGGAGAUCUAGAUGAUUUUGGGUGAAGAAAGAACAGCUCGUUUCAUGUAUUAUCAACACAGACUCACUCUGACAUGAAAUGAGGACCCACGUCCCCCUUCGCUCCUCUCCUCCUACGGCCAGCAUUGACACGGCCCCCUUCCUCUGCCUGGCUAUGACGACGCCAUCUGAGAGAGAGAGAGAGAGAUCAUGUCAAGGAAAGCGAGAUGAAAGGAUAUGGAGAGAGAAAAAGAUGCCCCUCCCAGUCCUUGUUUUAAGUGGCAGGCAUAUGGAGGAACAAGAAGAGAGCUUACGAACAUCCUCUGGAGAUAACGGGGAGUCAUUUUAAAAUGGAGUGUUGUGGGUUUUUGGGGGGAAAACUGAUUGAACAAGAGAGAUAUUUUAUGAAGAGUGACUAUAUAAAUGAACUGGCUGAUUAUUUUGAUAAGAGCGACGUGGCAAGUUUUUGAACAUUUGAGUCUGGACACUGCCUUUUGAAUGACUUUUUAAAAAUUUGUUGAGAUUGAUUUGUUCCAUAAAUGUUUUUUUGCUUAUUGCAUAAUCAUACCUCUUUAAGCUUGUGCUGUAAAGGUCAGGACUGUACGGUGACCCCAUAACACACUCGCUCUCACACACACACACAGAGAAAGACUUAAAGCUAAAGUUAUCACCACACCCUCUUUCCACACACAGGUUUACACUUUCAUUUUGUAUAGCCUGCUAUUAUUUGUAAAGUUUUCAGAAAAUAGACAGAAAUAAUGUCUAGUUUAAAACUAGUUACCCACACACACAUCCAAAUGUGUCCCUUACAGCCACCCACAAACUGGCAGCAUUUCACUUAAAGAUCCGUAUUGACUGUUUAUGCUGCCCUUUAAUGCAGGUAAUGGACUGUGAAGAAACUAUGGCAGAGAACUGGGGUUGUCUGUUUUGUUUUGUGUGUUUCGAGGGCUGUAUUUGUGUUCAUCUGUGUCAGAGAACCAGGUCUUACUGUGUUAAUCGUUGUCAAAGGGAUGAGGUGUUUGUCUUAGGCCUGUAUGCGUUUCUCACCCUGCCUUUCUUACUCAAAAGUAUUCAGUAGUGUUGGCUAAAAUGAAUUCUCGUUGUUUCUUAAAAUUCAUAGAUCUAUUCUAGACUUAAACAGUAUGAGGUGAGGUAGGGUCACUUUGUGGGACAGCGCAGGCCAAGCAUCUGUCGUUAUGAUUACUGGAUUGAUUCCUUUUUAAUUUUUAUUUUCAAUGUUUUCUUUUUAUAUUAAAAUAUAAGACACCGGA